UCUACUGGAGUUCCACAGAAAAAUGUGGGCUGAAUUGGGCAUGCCGAACCCUGCGCCAACCUUCAGCGGGUUGAGGGACUCCAUCGCCACACAUGCCGUCAAGACGUCCGACACGCUCGAAGGCCGUAAGAUUGCUGGACAAAUGUGCCACGACCUCACAACCAACCAAAAGUUUUAUCAAAAAGUCCCAAACCCUGAUGAGAUCACUGAAAUCAGAGAGCUAAUGCUCUCGAAGAUGGUAGGGGAGUUGAAAAUUGAUGAGAACGAGGAGGCAGCAAUGGACGAGGAGCAGGAUAAGGAGGAGGAGGAGGAGGACGACGACGACGAGGACCUGAGGGAUGAGGAGGAGGAAGAUGAGGGAGAUUCGGACUGGGGGAUGAAGGAAGACAAAAAGCAGGAUGGAGGAAAAGAAAAAGCGAGUAGGAAAAGACAACGGAAGAGUAAGCGAGUCGUCGACUCCUCUGAUGAAGAGCUUGGGUCACCAAAGCGGAAAAACUGGGGGAGGAUCCGUCCUCUGAGGAAGAGGAAGAGGAGUUUGCGAGAGAGAUAGAGGUGUUGGAGGAAACUCCGAAAAAGAAGCUGUGAUAUAACGAGAGGCUACACGGCUCUCAGCGGUACAGUUCAAACAGUGCAAGGACACAAGUUUCAAAUUAAAGUUUUUUUAAUGAUGUUCAAAGGGGGUUAACAGAAAAUGUCUUUUAAGUUCAAAAGUCAAAACAAGGAUUUUUCUUCUCAAGGCUCAAAAUAAACAAUGUCUCUGUUUCCUUAGAAAGGUGAAAUCAAAAGUUCCUCUUUUCAAUAAAUCUUCUUCUCAAACAAAACGAUUCUUCUUUUCAGUCUUUAUCACAGUUCUCACCGACUCAGUGUUUUCUCCACAGGGUAGCCGCCACGGAGGUAAGUAGCCCAGGUAAGUAUUUCAUUAAGAGUUUCCUUUUUAGCAGUUCUUCCACAGAAGUCCAUCCUGCUCAGAAAAGAGAGCACAACCUUCUCUCUUGCUCUUCCAACUCCUUCUCCCAUUGUCUGUGAGUCGAGAGUGUUUUCACAGAACAUGCAGUUAAUCAGGUCCUUCUCAGCUUCAGCUGAGUGCUGCAAUCAGUGACUGCAGCUGUGCUGCAACAUACAGUUGAGGUGCAA